AUGCCUUGUGGAAAUGGACAGACUUUAUCCAAGCGAAAACAUGGCGUCUGCGUACCGAGGUAUAGCUUCUUUUCCAGUCUGCUUGUGGCGCUCUGCUGCCUGGAGGCAUGGGGCUCCGGGCCGCAGGGAGACGGCGGCAGGAGCUGCAGCCCCUGUCCCGUUAACUGCAGCUGUGCGCUGGCAGGGCCCCAGCCGUCCUGCGUCGUCAACUGCUCCAACAUCGGGCUGGAGAGGGCCCCAGCGGCGGCAGACAUCCCGCUGGCCACCAGCGUGCUAGAUCUUUCCAAGAACCACAUCUCCUCCCUUGAUACCAGCCUGUUAGUUCGUCUCACCGGCCUCCGAGAGCUGUAUCUUCAAGGGAAUAGGAUCAAUGUUCUCCCCAGAGGGGUGUUCUGCUGUGGACCACUGUCAGUCCUCGAUUUGAGCAAAAACCAAAUCACCACCAUAGAAGAGAGAAUAUGCGACAAUCUAUGCAAUUUAACUCAAAUUGACCUGAGCAGUAACCCCUUUGAGUGCGACUGUAAGCUGUUCAGGUUGGUCAGCUGGCUCCAGGAGAAAGGUGUACGAGUUCGGCGUCCGGACGCCAUGCUCUGCAAACACCCUCCUGAGCUCCGCCACCAACCCCUGUUGAAUGUCAGCCUGCUCACCUGUGGUCUUAACUAUGCAGGUUGUCUUGAGGACAGCAGCAGUGGAGCAGGGGGACGGAGUGAGCUUGUUAUCUUCUCUUCCUCCACACCCGGAAAUUUUACACGUGAACAGUGUAACAGUGUGUGUUUUGCUGCAUCACACCGCUAUGGGGGUUUGGGGGCAAGGCAUGAGUGUCUCUGCAGCACAAACUCUGAGCCCAAUUUCAUCAGUGAAUCUCAGUGUUCUGCUGCAUGCACAAACCCCCAUGUUAUGAAGAAAUGUGGGUGGACUCUGGCUCAUGAUGUGUUUGCGGUGGACUUCUCGAUCUCACUGAAGCGUCUCCCAGUGCUCAGUGUUCAUGACCACAUCAGUCUGGCCGCCACUUCCUCUGUCACUCCGGUGACGCUGUCCUGGGACUUUGGUGACCUUUCAUCUCGGGUCAACACUACAGGAACAGGGGUGACCACAGCAGCUCAUAAAUAUGGACUUCCAGGUCAUUAUCCAGUCAGUGUGAUGGCCUGGGCUGGACACAAGGAGGCCUCUGCACGCGGAGAAGUGAUCGUGACAGUUCCUCCUAAACUGGAGCUGCGUUGUCCACCUCUCGCUGUGGCCAAUAAGAGCCUAGAGUUCACACUUGUCAGCUGGGGCUCUGUUGACAUGGCUGUCGACUGGAAGAUCACAAAGGAUGGUGUCCAAGUUGCCAAAGCCUCGCCUCACUGUCCAAAAGACGGGGUGUUCCAAGCCGAGUCCUCACACUGUUUCCAGAUAGUUCCAGGGGAGAUGAGCUGGACCGACGCUCGACAACAGUGUUCUGACCGCGGCGGGGAUCUGGCAACAGUCAGGAGUGAUGCACUGCGUAACCUGUUGGCACACAAAGUCACACAGGAGCGAGGUGUGUGGCUGGGCUUGAGUGAUGUCAACUCUUCAGGCAAGUUGCACUGGGUGAACGGCUCAGAGGCACAAGAGGGAGAGGAGGGUCUGCCACAUCGCAAUGCCAAGCGUGCCUAUGUCUGCAAGUACAAGCCUCAAGUUCAUGUUCCAGAUGCAGGGAUCUACAUGGUGGGACUGGCUGUGUUUACAUCCAAUAAUCCUUUACUGCGUGCCCCAGCCGCUCUGCUCUCCGCUCCACAACCUCCCAGCAGUGGCAUAGAGAUGCUGUUGUUCCCAUCUCUGAGCUUUGUUCAGGCAGGUCGUCUGUCCUCCCUUGAGUUCGUCACUCAGGAAUUCAGCUCACAAAUCCACGUCCGAUUCCAGACCUACAGGCCUCACUGUCAUUAUCCCGGCCUGCACCUGCUGCUACCCAGCUGUGGAGGUCCAGUGUGCGCUCCAGUGGCCGUUUGUGUCCCAAAUGACACCAGGACUGGUGAUCCACCCUCUUGUCCCCGAGCAGAGCAGUGGUGUCCUUUCCAACUGCGAUGCUUGGCCCUCUCUAGUCCCUGCCAGCCAUCCUCCUGUCCUAACUGCACCCACGCUCACCGCCUGCCCCCUGGGGCGCUGAGGCCCCGUUAUACCCUACAAAAUGAGGUUGUCUUCACUCUACCAGCAGGACCAGCUGCACAUGUAGUGCUUCAAGAGCAACUGGAGGACCUUCUGGUUUCCCGUGGUGAUGUCAUUGCCCUGCAGCACGAUGCUGGACCCGCCUCCCUACUCCGCUGCCAGUCCUCCCCACACUCACCGUGGCGACAACCUGUUUUAGCCCUCAACCAGUCGGAGUGGUUUUGGAUCAACAACACAAGACAGACAACAGAUAGCUUGGCUGACCCUGACGCUGACCCUCUGCCUGACCCGGAGCUUGACAUGGAGGUACUGGUGGAGGAUGGCGAGGGAGGGUGGCUGGAGGAAGUAGUCUGCCCCGUCAGAGUGCUCUAUGUGGGACACAGUGAGACCCAGCUGCAGGGAGCACAGCUGUCUGCUGGUUUAUCCCAGCCUGGACUCUACAGCCUGCUGGUGACUUCUGCUGAGCCAUCAUACCCAGCCUCAGCAUCAUGCCCAUUGCGGGUGGUGCCCCCUCUGGGCUUGACGAUCCUCCACCCCCUUCCUCAGAAUGGCACCCUGUACCUGCAGCCCAACGACACCCGCCUGCUGCUCUGUGUCCAGUCUCGCUACGUAACAAAGGCUUCUCGCCGGGGCAGUAAUCGGAGCGUGAUCUUCCAGUCAGAAUGUCCAUCAGAGUUUUCGUCCGGCCCGUUGCUCUGUCGGCCCGGGCCGAGCGCAGGGCCUGGGGUCAAAGCUGCAGAGCCCAGCCUGUAUGCAGUGCUGGACCUGAACCUGGGAGUAGAGGAGCAGAGGAGUCCGGUGCAGGUGGAGCUGGAGGCCCACAACAACGUGACAGAGGCCAGCCUGAUUAUGGUCGUCCACCUGGAGGAGCCCCUCAGAAGACUGGUGGUGCAGCCACACCCUGCACACAGGGUGCUGAUGGAGUCAGUUGUGAGCUACACAGCAUCCGUGCUUGAAGGCUCCAGUCCCACAUUUAAAUGGACAGUGGAUGACAAGCCCUACUUCACCUAUUACAACACUGUUCUCAACGUCAUCUACCAGCAUGCUGCAGUCUAUAAACUCACAGUGACGGCCAUGAACCAUGUCAGCACCCUCACAGAGCAUUUCAACGUGACGGUAGACCGCCUGCAGCCCAUGGCCAACCUCACAGUGAAGGGUGUGCCAGAUGUGGUCCCUCAGGGCUCCACUCAGACUCUCACCACUUCUGUGCUCGUGGACAUGUCUGUGGCUGCCACCUUUCGAUGGUCUUUUGGUGACGGAGGAUAUAAGGAGUUUGAAUACAAGCCUCCCUACGACUCCGCCCUCCUCUGCCCAGACUCCUCCAACCAGGUCCUCCUAAGCAACAAUGUCACCUAUAUCUACUCUCAGCCAGGAAUAUACACCGCGCUGGUGUCCGUGUCCAAUCGUUAUGACAACAUUAGUCAGAGCAUCAACAUGAGUGUCUACAGCAUCCUCACUCGUGUUGAUAUACAAACAGAGCCACGACUCCUCCUUGCUGGCAAAUCAGCCGAUUUUGAGGCUCACCCUCUGCCCUCACCCUAUGGAAUUCACUAUGACUGGCACUUUGGAGACGGUUCAGCUCCGCUGCAAGGUCGCCGUGUGGCACACACCUAUGCACAUAGUGGCGUCUUUAAUAUCUGUGUAUCGGUAAACAACACCAUCAGUUCUACAGAGGCUUGCGCUGAGAUGUUUGUAUAUGAGGAGAUUGAAAAACUAGUAGCCGAAAGCUCUUCUCCCACCGAGCUUCACAGUCCUACUACAGUGUGGGCACGCCUUGCUUCAGGUAAUAACAUCACAUGGACAUUCUCCAUGGGUGAUGGCGCUGUCUACUCUACAUCUGAACCUAAUGUGUCACACAGCUACAACAAAGAUGGCAACUACACAGUGAACGUGACUGCUGCGAACGCUGUGAGCGUUGGUUGGACAAUCCUAACGGUGCAGGUGUUUGUGUUCCAAGUUAUAAGGAUGGAGCCAUCCGGGUGUAUCCAAGAGCAGACCCCUGUCAACUUUCUAGCCUGGGUUUCCGGUAACGAAUCGGCUCAUCUCUAUGAAUGGUGCUUUGGGGACGGAAGCCCCAACGAGACACACCAUGGCAACCCCAGGGUCUCACACACCUACUGGACAGUUGGGAACUACCGCCUCUCCCUGCUUCUCUCCAGUGGUGUCAACAGAGCCACCAAGGCCAACCAUCUCAGCUGGGUGUGUGUGCAGCCAGCUUUGACCAACAUCAGCCUUGCCCUUGAGAAAUCACACUACGCUGUUGGAGAAGAGAUCCGGUUCCAGGUCAGAGCUGAGCCAGAGUUUAACUACAGCUAUCAGUGGGACUUUGGCAGAGAGGAAGAACUUAUGCUCAUUCAUGGUUCUGGGAAUAUUGAGACAAUGUAUAAAAACCCAGGUCAUUACAUGGUGACAGUCACUGUCUUCAAUAACAUCUCCACCAGUAAUACCAGUGUUGUGAUUGAGGUUCUGAUGCCAGUAGGACCAAUUGUUAUUCAACAUAAUGGCACUAAGUUCAACAACUUGACGCUUAAAGCACCAUAUGCUUUCACAACUUCUUCCUUGGCCUCCAAUGUCACUUACACCUGGAACUUUGGGGAUGGAAAUGUGCUUACAGGCCAGAAUACGCACCAUACCUACAACAUUUCAGGAAACUACAAUAUCACACUGACAGCAGCCAACACAGUAAGCAGAAACCACACUACUUUACCUGUUGCUGUGCUCGAACCAAUCCGUGGGUUAACUGUCAACGCCAGCUUGAUAAAUGUCCCUCUAAAUGCCUCGGUUCACUUUGAGGCCCAAAUGGAGGAAGGAGAUGGUGUCCGGUUCUCUUGGAUCUUGUGCGACCGCUGCACCUCAAUACCGGGGACCCACACCAUGUUCUACACCUUUCGCUCUGUUGGCACUUUCAACAUCAUUGUGACAGCGGAGAACGACGUAGGAAUAGCACAAGCGAGUAUCUUCCUGUUUGUCCAACGUGAGCUUGAGGGACUGCAGAUUUUAGCAGAGGACGUCGGAGGAGGUGGAGGCACAGGAGUGGACGGUUGCUGCUUUGCUACAAACCGCGUUCUCCACCUUCAAGCAGGAUUAAAGGAAGGAACAAACAUGACUUUUACCUGGAACCUCAUCAGAGAGCACGACCCAGUCAGCUCAAGCUUCAACAUAAGUGGGAAAAGUGUGGAGGUGAAUUUCUCUACGCCAGGUCCAUGUGACAUCUUUCUCCGGGCUGCCAACCUCCUGGGCCAGCUGUCUGUCAACAGAACCAUCCACUUCCUGGAACAAGCCAGAGGCGUGUACCUGCAGAUCAGCAACAACCCAGUUGCAGUCAAUGCUCCAACUAACCUGACAGUCUUGACUAUGGAGGGCUCGGACCUGCAGUACCGCUGGUCUGUGAAUGGGGAUGCUCUGCCGUGGAACAAGCCCUGGAACACCCACACCUUCAUCAGUCCUGGCCAAAAACUAGUAACUGUGGAGGUCUUCAAUAAAGUUAGCUCAGAGAUUGUGUCAGAGAUGGUCAGUGUCCAGGAAGUAAUUUCUGGACUAAGGUUCACAGCUACCAAUGUGACAGAGCAGAGUUACGUGGCAACAGGUGUCAGUGUCUCACUCCAGGGAGAGGUCCUGACAGGAACCAAUGUGACGUGGACGUGGCUGUUAGAAGGAAGAACAGACACAGGAAGGAAAACUUCUCUGAUUUUCCAGGAGCCAAAGUCAGCCAUUGUUACUCUGAAUGCCACCAAUGAUGUCAGUGUGCAAGCGAUCUCCAGGGAGUUCUUUGUUCAGGACAAGAUUCAGGGGUUGGAGCUGAGGGCAAGUACAAAGAUUGCAGGAGUCGGUGAGAAGGUGGAGUUCACCAUUUCCAUGGCAGCUGGCUCGGACGUUUGUAUUAUCCUCAGCAUCAGUGGAGAUGCCACUGUCACCCUUCAGCCCAACCAUACUUAUGACCACAUCUUCACACAUGUCCACAAUUUCACUCGAGUGGAUAACUACAUGGUGAAUCUCACUGCUCACAACCAGGUGAGCUCCAAGAGGCGGCAGGUCCAGGUUAAGGUGAUGGAGCCGGUGCGUGGACUUUCCAUCUUGGGAAGCUGCACAGCAAUCCCUGUUGGUGUGAAGAAAUUGUUUGUGGCCAACAUCCAGACGGGCAAACCUGUUAGUUUCUUGUGGACUUUUGAUCUGCACCACCUCCAUCAGGCGUCAUGUAUCGGCAAAGAGGUGUCCUACAUGCCAGAAGAGGCAGGUUUAUUGACCAUCUACCUGAAGGCCUUCAACAACCUGCACGGUCAGAACAUCACCAAGCACAUCCUAGUGCAGAACCGGCUGACGGCUGCCGUCCUGUAUGCAGCUCCUCAGGACACUUUCAUCAAUAAGACCAUAACCCUGAUGGCCUCUGUCACACCCAGGUCUAAUCCUGUGGAGUGUUUGUGGGACUUUGGUGACGGUUCUACUCCAGUUCACACCAACACCACAACUGUGGGUUAUAAGUACAGUCACCCAGGACACUACCGGGUCCAAGGCAACUGCAGUAACCUGGUGAGCUGGGUUUUGGCCCAGGUGGAGGUAAACAUCAGUGUAUUAGAGUGUGAGGAACCGGAGGUGCAGGUGGUUCAAGCCCCCCGCCUGGCCAUCUGGCGAUCCCAGCCCACUUUGGUGGAGGCCAGUGUGGAUCUGAAAGGCUGUGUACGCUACGGAGCUCAGUACCUCUGGCAGAUCCUCUCAACACCCUCCUGUGAUAAUGACCAACAUGGCCGGAUUCCCUCUGGAGUGGUGACUCAGCCCGCUCAGUCUUUGCCUGUCCCAGUAAUUCGCCUUUCAACUGAGGUGGAUGUGCGGCGGCUGCAGCUAUCAUUGCCUAAGAUGGCUCUGGCAACAGGGAACUACAGCUUGGUGUUUUCUCUGUCAUAUGAAGGUGUGCCACUAAGGAAGGCUGCCUGUCUGCAGCUGAGUGUCAUGGCUGCCAGGCUGAUGCCAAUUAUAGAAGGGGGCACCUACAGGGUGUGGUCGAGGACUCAGGACCUGCAGCUCAGUGCGGAGCAGUCCUACGACCCUAACUUGGACCCAGACAGCCAGUCACUACUCCACUAUCACUGGGAGUGUCAAAGUACUUCAAAGGGUCCAGAGCACUGCUCCAGCCUGAACUUUGGCCUGGGCUCCAGCGGUCCAGUGCUGGGAAUCUCCGGCUCAGAGCUUGAGGCAGGUGUCGAAUACACUUUCAAACUGACCAUCAGCAAGGACGGCAUGGCACCAGAGUCCACCACACAGACUGUGCUUGUACAGAGCGGUCACAUUCCCAUGGUGUAUCUGGAGUGUGUGUCCUGUAAGGCCCAGUCGAUCUACGAGGUCAGCCAGAACUCGUACGUCUACCUCAGAGGAACCUGCACCAACUGCCAGGGCUUCCACCGUGGGCGCUGGAGUGCCAUGACUCUGCAGAACGAGACUCUGGUCCUGGACUCCUCCUCCACCACCACAGGAAGUGACGGCAUGAACCUGGUGCUGCGGCAGGGUGUCCUGCGCCACGGAGACUCUUACAUCUUCACCCUGCACGUGACUGAUGGCAGUCUGGAUGGUGAGGGCGUUGCCUCCAUCACGCUGCAUCACAAUAUGCCCCCGGCUGGUGGAGAGUGUCACCUGAGAGGGGGAGGGGAAGCAGGAGUGGAGUAUGGGGACGGGGACGCUGAAGGCUGGAGGGUACGCACACUGUUGGACCGGGUACACUUCAACUGUUCAGGUUACAGUGAUCUGGGGGUCUCAGAGACUCCCCUGCUCUACAGUCUGCUGGUGACGCGCUGCAAAGAAGACUACUGCGAGGAAUUCUGUGUGUACAAAGGGAGCAGUCCAGAGCACUCGGCCUUCCUGCCCCCGGGCUUCAGCUCAGCCCGACACCGUGUAGCUGUGUCCAUCACAGUGGAGGACCAUCAGGGAGCUGCCAUCACUGCACUCAACAAGUCCAUGGAAGUUGUGAUGCCAGAUCCACCUCCUGAGUACAGAAGCCUUCCUCAUUGGCUGUCUGAGCUGACAGACAGCAAACUUAAAAAGCUGCUGGAGCAAGGAGACUCCCAGAGGGUCAGAGAGUUAUCACUGGCUCUUAUUACAGUCCUAAAUGAGUAUGAGCAGAGCAGGGGGUCAGCAUGGGUGUCCCGAGAAGAGCGCAGUUACCGAGUCAGAGUCCGCAGCAACAUUACCAGAGCUCUGACGGCUCUGGACCUGACGACUGUAAACGACAUCCAGCAGACCUCUGCUGGUCUGGCUCAGUGCACGGCGGUGAGUCGUGAGUUCAUUUGUGAGGAGUGUCAGAACAGCACUCUGAACAAGCUGGAGUCCAUGCUGGAGAUUUUGCAGACUGACACCAAGCAGGGCACCGUCACUCCUACUGAGAUAGCUGACAACAUCCUGAACAUCAUGGGUGAUCUGAUCCAUCAGGUCAGCCAGUCAGCCUCCCAGUCUUACCUUCAGACCGCCUAUGUCGAUUCCCCCUCACCCCCCUCCACCUCUUCCUCCUUUGGUGAGGAGCAAGUUGGCACCCUGUUAGACCCCUCACCCUCUUCACCAGAGCCGCACCCUCUGCGAGUGGCAGCGAAGGCUUACAGCCUGUCCUCGGUCCUCAUGAUGAUCCUGAUGCACGCCCGGGUGCUCAACGAGGAGCCACUGAUGCUGAGGGGAGCUGAGAUCGCUGCCACAGGAAAACUGGCCGACCCCCAGAGCCUGCUCUGCUACCAUGACAACAGUCCAGAGUGUCAGCGUUUCUCCAUCCCGCGAGCUUUGAACGCCAAUCUUGUCAGAGCUGCUGCAGGAAACGGCAUCGUGCAGCUCCUGUUUCAGGUGGAGUCCAACCCCUUCCCCUUCAACUAUGUGGAGAACUACAACGUCUCUACCGAGGUGGCGUCCAUGGAGUUUCGCACUGAAAAUGGCACCCAGAUCCCAAUCUCAGGCCUGGAUGACAGUCAGGCCAUCACUGUUGCCAUUAGCAAUGGCAACAGUGAUGUUGGAGUUGAGGGUUCUGGUAAUGGAGGGUUGCCCACAGCUGGAGCCGUUAACAUCAGCCACUGUGACUCCGUCAUCGUCAGGGUCAGCAUGGGAAAUACUAACAGACAGGCAGGGCUGUUUGUGCAGCUCAACUUCACCUCUCUGGAGGAGAAGGAUAAAAGAGAAGAGGAUGAAGAGGAGCUGUACAUCACAGCUUACCUUCAUUCCCAUGAAGAACCAAACGAGUUCAACUGCACAGACAGAAAACGUAUCACACCUAGUAUGACCAGGGGGCAAGAUAUGGACCACAGGGAAUACACCUUCUUCCUGUCACCAGAGUCCUACGACACCACACUGGACUACUACAUCAACGUGAGCACGCCCUGCAGCCCUGGCUCUCAGCCUGGGGGUGUUCGUCUGGAGGUUGCGGUGUUUGCCUCCCUGUGUCAGUAUUUCAGUGAGAGUGAGAAGCAGUGGCGGACAGAUGGCAUGGUGCCCCUGGCAGAAACCAACCCCAGCAGGAUUGUUUGCCGCACCAGGCACCUCACAGCCUUCGGUGGAAGCGUGUUUGUACCAAUCAAUGCCAUCAGCUUUAAAGUGCCAGAACGUUCUGGUGCACCAAGCCUGGUUGUGCUGUUGGUGUGUGUAUUGGGCUUACUAAGCUAUCUUGUAGCAGCAGCCAUCUUGCACAAGUUGGACCAGCUGGAUCUUCGCCGGGCUGGUGUUGUUCCACUCUGCGGCCAAGACGGACUCUUCAAGUAUGAGGUUCAGGUUAAGACUGGCUGGAGUCGAGGGGCAGGCACUACAGCCCAUGUGGGAAUCAAUUUGUACGGGCGUGAGAGCCGCAGUGGACACCGCCAUCUUGACAGCAGAGGAGCCUUCUCACGCAACGCGCUUGAUAUCUUCCACAUUGCCACAGACACCAGCCUGGGCAGCAUCUGGAAAAUACAAAUUUGGCAUGACAACAAGGGUCUGUCCCCAGCAUGGAUGCUGCAGUAUGUCUUGGUGAAAGACCUGCACACAGGAAGCAGCUACUACUUCCUGGUUGAGGAGUGGCUGUCAGUCGACAAUGAGAGAACUGACGGACGUGUAGAGAUUGAGGUGGAGGCAUCAGAGGAGGCUGUGCUCCGUCAGCUGCCCCGCCUGGCGCGGUGCGAGCUGCAGAGGGCGCUGUGUGAGAGCCACCUGUGGCUGUCACUCUAUGAGAGGCCCCUCCGCAGCCCUUUCACCCGCCUGCAGAGAGCCACUUGCUGCACUUUGUUGCUGCAGCUCUUUCUAUUGGCCAACACACUGUGGUACAGCAUCGUGGUGGAUAAGAGAUACAGCCCGCAGGCCGUGUCAAGGCUUUCUUCAUUAAAUGGAGAGACUGUGGCAGUAGGUGUGGUGACCUGUCUGAUUGUCUACCCUCUCUACCUGCUCGUCUUCACGCUCUUCAGAAUGAGCCGCAGCAAGUGUGUGUCUGUGGAGCAGGUGCCACAACAAGUGGACCAGGAGUCUGUGGAGAUCGAUGACUUGGAAAACUCCAUGGCUGGAAGUUCCUUCCUCUUCUUUAAUGACGAGACCAACUCAGAAGAAACCAAUGUGGAUUUACCCACUCCAUCAACCAAAAGUGUGGAGAGCUGGGGCAUGGCAGAGGAGGAGACGGAGGACAGGGAUUGGUCAGAGCUGUUGAGUGACGUGUCUGUGGUGGGAGGGGCAGGGCAUGGAGCAGGAAUGCCAAGGCUGAAAAGGGGUCAGGGGAGCAGGCACUUGGGUGUUGACAUGACCUUUAACCCUGAUGACGAGGAGGGAACUGACCAACGCAACAAAUAUUUCACCUCUUCAGAUGAGGAUCUAAUCAAACACAUCCUGGCAGAUAAACAGAACUUCUUUCCUCAGGCUGAUGAAAGUGAGAUGGCUGACCUGUCGAGCAUUUUGGGAGAUAAGACUGAAGUGAUUCUCCUCCAUGAGCCUCUUCCUCUCGAAUCUGACAGAAGGAACCCACCAAAAACUGCUUUCACCUCAAAUACAGUUGUGACAGACGUGUGUCGUCCCAGACGGUUCCCUCCCUGGUGUGGGCGUGCCGCCUUGUGGGGCAGCUGGGCGGGGAUCGCUCUGGCGAAUGGCAUUUCGAUUUGGGCAGGCCAGGGGUUCAGUCAAAGCAUGGCCAUGAUGUGGCUCAUCUCCUGUUUUGCCAGUUUCCUGUGCUCGUGCCUUCUGUUGGAGCCAAUUAAGGUGUUGUGUGAGGCAGUUUACUACGCAGUGUGUGUGCGUCGCCUGCGUCCAGAAGAUCAGGAUGUGCUUGUGGAGUUCCCCCGUGUGGAGAGAGUGGUCCAGCGGGUCCCUGAGGUGAGACCACCACACGGCUUCGCUCUGUCCCAAGCACGGCACCAGGCCCGCAAGGUCCACAUGCUGCACACCAUGCUGAAGAAUUUCCUGGUUUACAUGUUUUUCCUGUUGGUGGUUUUACUUCUCAACUACUCUGACUCGGCCAAAGACACGCACAGCCUAAGACUGCGCACUCAGCUGCAACAAGCCCUACACACACCUGAGUAUCACAACAUCAGCAGCCGAGAUAAUGUUUUGAUGUGGCUGAAUGAGUCCCUGUUGCCACGGCUAGUGGAUGACUCUGUCCUCUUGCGAGACACAGGAAGUGUGUUACUCGGCACGCUGAGGCUGCGACAAAUCCGCGACACACGGGGUGGUGCCAGGGCAGGAGGCAGUGUUUGGGGAAAGGGCUGGUUUACCUCUCCAACUAAAGACGCUGAGGAUUUCACUGCUUCUGGUGCUAGCGAUGCGAACUGGGUGUGGCGUUUGGGUCAAGCGAGGGUGUAUAACAGCAUUGACGAGGUCCACCAGCUGAACAGAAGCCUGGAGGAGGCCGCUUCCUCCUUACAGCAGCUGCAGCAGCUGCACUGGCUCGACUACAGGACUCGUGCUGUGUUUGUGGAGUUCUCGCUCUACAACAUCAACACAAACCUCCUGGCUGUCUUCUCCUUCCUGUUUGAGUUCCCGGUUUCUGAGCGUGCCCAAUCCAGUCUUGACCUCCUUGUCAUCACUCUGUGGCCAAUCACAGGCCUGGAUCUGCAGCUCCUACUCACGAUCGUCCUCCUCGUCUUGGUGUUGUAUUUCCUGGUGCGGGGGAUCUUGGGAUUCCUCAGAGAGGGCUACAGGUACCUGCUGUCAGCCUGGAAACUCCUGGGCAUCUGUAAACUGACUCUGGCAGUGUCUGUGUGCGGGCUGCACCUGAGCCGCUGCACCAUGGCCACGCAGCAGUGGGCGUCGUAUGUGAUGCAACCGCGGGACGCCUUCACAGAUUUUCACCCCCUGGCCAGGCAGAGUCAAAUGUACACAGUCAUGUCUGCAUUGCUGUUGUUCAUACUGGUGCUCAAGGCAUCCCACCAGUUGCGGUUUCUCAGAGAGUGGGCCGUGUUUGGCAGAGCUCUCCGGCGCUCGUUCUGGGAGCUGCUGGGAGUCGCCCUGGCGUUACUGCUGUUGAUGCUGGCUUACUCACACACAGGACACCUGCUCUUCCACUCUGUAUUGGAUGGCUAUGGCAGUGUGAGCUCCGCCUGUCUGUCUUUGUUGGGUGCUGGUGGGCUGUUAUCGUGGCGUCCCGGCUGGACGAUAACCGGUCCCUCUAGCACCAUGUCUUCACUGCUGUUCCACGCGAGCUUCUCUGUAUUUCGGCUGGUGUUGCUUUGGUUGGUCACUUCUGUGCUACUGAGGAACUACCGCCGUGCACGAGCAGAGCUGUACCGUCCGGCUGUGGAUCUUCAAGACUACGAGAUGGUCGAGCUGUUCCUCAGACGACUCAAAAUGUGGAUGGGACUGAGCCGGGCCAAGGAGUUUCGUCACAAGGUGCGUUUUGAAGGCAUGGAGCUGCCACCAUCGCGCUCGUCCUCCACCAGCGACUGUAAGUCCCUGUGCUUGCCACCACUAGACGGUCCGGACUCUCCACCUACACCAGACAGCGUCGAUGCCGGCUCCGAGGCCUCAUGGCGUCCGGCCUCCUCCAGCCCCUGCAGCCUGACAGAAGCCCCGGGGGUCAGCUUGGGGCUUGGGUUGGGCCUCGGCCCAGGAGUGGUGGUGGGAGGUGCCAGUUGGAGGGAGAGGGAAGAGACUGAAGCCUCGAGGCUGCUUCCUACUCUUGAUGCCCUGCUGCAACAGAUUGACCGUGUCACCAUGGCAACAGAGGAUCUGUACCACAUCGAGUGUAGACUGGAGCAAGCCCAGAGGAAAAGGUGUAGAGGGAGAGAGAGAGCAGGCGGUGGUCAGGCAGGGAGGAGUGAGGCAGGACAGAGGGGAAAGGGGGACGACAAGGACUCUGCUGGAUGGAGAGAGCGAAAGAGUGGCAAAGAAAAACACAAAGGGAUCAAGAAGGUGAAAAAGGUGGCUAAAAGUGAACUUUCAAAGGACUGUGGAAAGACUGCUGCCAACCCCAAAAAGACUCCUGUAGCCACACCUAUUCCCUUUUUAAAGCCCAGACCCGUCUCUGCCUCUACACUCACGCCCGCUCCUCAGUCAUCAGCCAAGUCUUCAGUCAGUGCACCUCCACCCACACCAGUCAACAAUAAGUCUGCUUGUGAUUCCUCUCUCCCUGUCUCAUCAGCAAACACUCCCCCUACCCAUGUCCCACUGCCCAAAACACCCACCGCACCUUCUUUGCCUUCCACUCCUGCCCCUCCCACAGAGAGAGACACCCUCCCCUCCUCCAGCCUGUUUAACCACCCUGCUCACACAACCACCAUUCCCACACGCAAGCGAAAACGCAAGCCCCCACCCCUCAAAAAUAAGGUGCACCCCAACUUAGACAGGCACGGCACUGGACACCCCAAAUCCUGAGGACUCUGCAUGGAGAGAAAAACAGAAGUGAAAGGCGGAAGAAAAGAAUGUGGGAGUGAAUGUUGGGUUAAGGACGAGAGGAGGACGGGGACAGCAGGUUUUGUCCCCAGGUGCCCCUCUCUAAACCCAGGGGAAAGGAAGAAAACAAGAACAAUCACAGAGACUAAGUUUGGGGAAAUGAAAGCUGAACAGAAAGCAAUAAAAUAAGACUUUGCAAGUUUACAAGAAGUGAUCCGUCCAAAUCCCAGUUCAGUUCUCUCAGAAACAAGGUGCAGGCCACCGGAUGCUAAGUGAGCUGGUUUAAACACCCAUGUAAAGGUCAACAUUUAAACCAAGAAAUACACUUAUUCUUUAUUUCCCACAGACCCAAACUGACCCCUGACCCCACACGACCCUGGAGGUCGCGUGGGGUCGCUGACAGGAACACAUGAGCGUGUUCACCAGAGGACUUAACGAACUGAAAGCAGACAAUGCAGUCAGUCUUUUUGUAUAUCUCAGAAAAAAAAUUGUUGAUUUCUCAGUUAUGUUGUUUGUCCACAUAUUUUUAUAUUUUAUAUUUCGGUUACCAUGGGUACUUGUGGCCUGUCUGAAAACAGUCAUGUUUUAUGGUUUUGAACACGAAUUUGCAUAUGGGCACACACAGAUAUAUACGCACAUGCAGGUUAACAUGCAUAGAAAUAACACUGUAGUUGCAGACACGCUAAUGGUAAUGUGUCGUACACUUCAGCCCACUGAGCAAGAGGAAACAAACACACACACACACACACACACACACAAACACAAGACUGUUGGGAUCCCAGCAGCUAGUUCUUCAGGGUGCAGAUAUAACCACCUUCUCCAUACUGAUCCAGGUGAAAGGCAGAUAAAAGGUGACGGGAAGCCAUGAGUAGUGACAAGAGGGAGUAGCAAGUGGUCGUAGCACAGAACAAAGUAGCGUAUAGUGUUCGAAAUAGGGAAUAAAGAAGAAAAGAAGAAUGGUGCUCAGUGGAGAAGUUUGGUUAUAGAUAAAAGUUAAGGAAAAAAUAGGGUUUUGCCUUCACUUAUUAACAGUACUGAACAUUUACACAAGUUCUCCCAUCAUAAAGCUAUAUUGACUCCCAGUCUGAGUGUCUUCUAGAAAUGUUUUUUAUUGUGUUGUGUUCGAUAUGGUUGAUUUAAAAGCACUUUUGUUCAGAAGUAGAUUGUUUUCUAAUGGGGUGUGGUGUAAAGUAAUAAGCUUGGUAUCCAAACCAAUAGAAAAAGCUUCACUCAUACUGUAUCUUGACUAUAAACGUUGCCAAAGCUUUUGCAUCAUUUAUGCAUCCUGAAUUGUUACCAUGCCGAGUAAUUCAUUCAUUCAUUUUGUACUUAGCACUUUAUUUUCCAAUGGAGCUGAUAUCCAACGCCAUAUUUAACUCUUGUGUCAAGUUUUCAUUUAAUACCUUAACAGCUACAUUAUAGAAACACUCUAGUAAGUAUUAUCAAGGUAUUAAUAGUUUGUAGUUGUCUUGUGCUUUUGUCUGGUCUUUGUAGUGUUGUUGUUUUUGUCUUAUUUUGAUCAACGUACAUAUGUACUUCCUGUGUGCAGUGGGCAGAUCUCAGGGAACCCACCCUUUCCCCGAAACCUGGAAAGAUAACCAGGAAAACCAAAAGGAAAUGAUGUAUUUUGUGGUUAAAUUCUGCCACUGACGAUGACUUCUAGCCUGUUCUAGACUUCAGCACCCUUCUUCUCUCAGCCAAAAAGUGGGACGUUACGUGUCAGCUCCAUUUUCAUGGGAUUUUAAAGGAUAUGAAAGAGGACUGAUUUUGCAGAGGUACUCAUAGGUUUACUAAAGUGUGAUUGAGGCUCUUUUUUCUCCCUAUUCCAAACAGACCCCAUCAUUACACAGCACAAAGCAUAAAAGGGUUUGAUUUUGAAUCUUAAUCUCACCUAUUUCUUGGCAAAUAAGUUGCACAAGAUUUUCAGAGUUUCAGGAUCUCACUUAAAGGAAUGAAAAAAAGGCCCAUCUUCUUCUGUGUGUGUAUAUUUCUGUAUAUAUUGGUGCUUUGUUUUGUAUAUAUUUUUGCUUUUCAUGAGCAGUAUUGUUUAUGUGCUGCAGCGGCGUAUUCAUAGGUCAAGCACUGGUGUUGCAAACCCAAACGUUUUACAUUUCUCCAGUUUAACUGAAGCACUACAGCCAAAGCUAUCAAUGUAUUUAAUAUAAAUCUUUGUUCACAAUUUGCCAACUAGAAACAGGAAGCUCAGCAGUGAACAAAUAAUGCCUCCACUGGCCUUCAUAGUCCUGCUCUGUGUGUACCAUAUGUAACAAUAUAGUGCCAAAGCUCACCUGUGUGUCUUCUAGCUGCCUUUGUGUUGUACAAUGCAUUUUGUUAUAAAGCAGUGUUACAUAUUUGUCUACGCCCUUUUUUGUAUCUUAUAUCUGUAUUUUGCAGUUGUAGCACUUCUCAUGCUUUUGCACUUGACAAAGUCAAAUAAAGAGUUUGACAGCUGAACUGUGCAUAAUGAAAUGGUUCUGGUGCUAAUUACAAACAUCACUAAUACUUAUUCUCCUGCCCAGUGCUAAAGGUUUAUGGUCUGUUAUUGAGUGGCCACUAAAUGUUACAUAAACAUCAACAUUAUAUCAUGAGCUUUUAGUUGAUAUGGUGAACGGUUGCUUAUUUACACAUCCAACAGUUAUGGAACAACAAUAUCAUUCAUGUGGAGUCAUGUUUCUGUCCACCUGAUUAAUCUCAG